AUGGAACAACCUUCCUCCAAAUUCAGUCAUGGCUUCAUCAGGUUUGGCUACUAUGACUAUAAUGAAGUAGUAGGAUACGUCAUAAACGUGGUGACCUUCAUUAUAAUUUGCUUCGGCCUCCCUUUGACCCUUGUGGCCAUCUACUCUCUCUAUUCUCUGGUGCAAAAGGAUCAUGUCGCUCCGAUCUACGUCAUCAAUCUCCUCAUUUCAGACCUCAUUCAGGUCUUCUGCAUGGUCGUUUGGGUGGCACAACCUGAAGACAUUGACAUAUAUGGAUACAUCUUUUAUGUUUACUACUUUUUUGCGGUGGCCAGUGUGUGCUUCAUGGUGUGCAUCGCCCUGGAAAGAUAUUUGGCCAUCGCCUGGCCACUGUGGUACCGCUUCAGACGAACCAUCAAGAUCUCUGUGGUGGUCUCUGCUGUAAUCUGGGCUGUUACUCUUGUCUAUCUCCUCACUUACUUUUUCUGGGUUAAAAUAGGGGCCGCAAAAAUAAUCUCAGCAAUCUUUUUCCUUCUUCCCCUCCCACUGUUCAUAUUCUUCCUCGGUGGGAGCCUCAAAGCCCUGUCUGCUUCCAUCGCAGUCCCCUCUGAUGAAAAACGGCGAAUUGUGGGCAUUUUGGUCCUGGUGCUGCUUAAUUACACAUUACUGCACCUGCCAAGUGUCUUUGUGUCCCUGGAAGAGCAUGUCAGAUAUAACAAAUACCUAAUGGACCUGAGCCUUCUGUGUCUCAGGUUGAGUCCUCUUGCAGACCUGUUUCUGUAUGUUUUCAUGAGGAAAGGAGCUGUAGACAAACUGCUGGCCUCCAUGUGUUGUUGCAGGUUGACAAGAGAGGAAAAUCAGGGCCAGGUCACCAACGAGGAUAAGAAUAACACAGAAGCCUCCUCAGUCUAGACUGAAAAUGUACCCUAAUAAACAAAUUAUUUGAUAUCAAGAUAUAGAUAUCUUCGAACUGGACUGUACUUUUGAAUGUUUUCGGAACAAUCUCAUGUUUGUCGUUUUUAACUUCGUCGUUUAUGCUGUAAAAUUAACUAAUGGUUAAGGUUAUGAAACAAGAACAUGGUUUGGGUUAGAAAACAGGAUUAUUUUAACUGUUUUUCUUUUUUAGAUCGGCUACAUUGUUUUAUGUAUUUACCUUGCCUUAAAUAUGGACAUAAAUAUUUAUUUCAAAUACA